CCGAGCUUGAAAAUGUUUGCAUAGGUACGCACGCAUUAUCCAGAUGUUUCAAAGGAAGCACGCAAAGAUGGCGCAUGUUCAGUGGCUUGUGCACUCCUCAAAAACCAUCUUGCUGGAGGCUCAUCACCCGCGCGAACUUCAUAUCACAAAUGGCUGUAACUCGAUCACCGCUGAUCUAAUUGAGGAUCUUGUUCACGUUCAAAUGCUGCGCGUUAAUGAACGCGUCCCUAGAUACUCAAAAGAGGAUCCUGGAAACCUGUACUUCGUUAGGCGAUCAUGGGCAUCCCUGGAUAUGUCUUUCCAUAGUUCCCCCCGGAAGUGGAUCCAUAUCAGCUUAUACGGAAUCCUACUUGCUCGACAUGUGUUGAACACAGAACCCUGGAUAUGCAGCACCCUACACCGCUCCGUAGUGAAGAAGUCCUUAAAGUCAACAGUCAAAUAUAUCACAAGUUUGACUAUGCGCUCAUGAUCUCGUCAUCUGGUAUCUGUGACAUCGUGCAGCUCGUUCACAUUGCCCCAACGAACGACA